UGGCGAGUAUCCCACAUGGGUUGCCAUGUUUGCCCGGACCUGGCAACCCUUUCUGCCUGGCUGCCACCGGAACACAAAAACGCCCCCCCUCCCUCCUCCACCACGGAUGCUGCAGUGAAGUUGGCCGCGCCUGCGCACUCUCGGUCCUCUUUUUGCUCGGAAGCGCCCCAGACCCGUUGCACCAUGGCAGAUCCCGAUCUUGACUUCCAGACUGGUGAGUCUGGUGCCUCCGCCACCUACCCCAUGCAGUGCUCUGCCCUGCGUAAGAACGGCUAUGUGGUGCUGAAAAAUCGUCCCUGCAAAAUCGUAGAGAUGUCCACCUCCAAGACCGGCAAGCACGGACACGCUAAGGUUAACCUGGUUGGUAUCGACAUCUUCACCAACAAGAAGUAUGAAGAUAUGUGUCCCUCCACCCACAACAUGGAUGUUCCCUCCAUCAAGAGGACAGACUAUCAGCUGGUUAACAUCAAUGAAAACUACAUGUCCUUGAUGAGCGACAACGGGGACAUCAGAGAGGACCUGCGCGUCCCAGAAAACGAAGUCGGGAAAGAAAUCGAAGCGAAGUUUGAGGCUGGUGAAGAAUUUAUCGUCACCGUGAUUUCUGCCAUGGGGGAGGAAUGUGCUGUCGCCACCAAGGUCAUGGCCAGCAAAUAGGGAGAUGGACUUUGCUGCCCAGGCAACAAGCCCCGCCCACAACCGGUCUCUUACAUUCUCAUUGGUUCAGUCACCAAAGCGUCGGCCUUCACAGACAACCUCCAACAUUUCUGUUGUGAUUUCUCUCGUCUUUUAUUCCCCCGCCCCCCUCUCUCAUUUCUCUCUCUCUGCUGUUGGGAAUGUUCCACCGCAGCUCGCUGCGGGGUCCUCUGCCUGAUCACUGAGUUUUUGUUUGGUAACAAUCUACUUUAUAUAAAAACAACUUCAAAAAUA